AUGGUCCGGAAAACGCCGUCUGGCUUUUUCUCUUCUAUACACGAGGACCUCCCUCUUCAUGUAUCGAGAGGCUACGACCGUGUGGUCCAACAUACGGCCUGUCCGCCCUCAUCACAGCUCCCUGUUCCCCAGAAGACAUUCUCACCCGAGAAAUACACGCAACCUUAUCUCAAUUUCAUGACCAACAAUCCUACCGUGUUUCACGCUGUCGACGCCUUCGCCACUCAGUUAGCUGAUGCUGGCUAUACUUUCCUGCCUGAGAGAGCACAAUGGACGAUUCAGCCGGGGGGGAAAUACUAUACCAAGCGCAAUGGCAGUGCGUUCAUCGCGUUCUCUGUUGGAAAGGAUUACAGGCCUGGCAACGGUGUUGCUAUUGUUGCUGGACAUAUCGACGCCUUGACGGCAAAAGUGAAGCCUGUUUCAAAGUCAUCUACCAAAGCUGGAUACGUACAAUUGGGUGUCGCUCCAUACGCUGGUGGAAUGAACAUGACUUGGUGGGAUCGUGACCUAGGGAUCGGUGGAAAGGUCCUCGUGAGAGAGAAGGAUGGAAAGAUAAAAGAACAGCUUGUGAAGUUGGACUGGCCUAUUGCGAGAAUACCCACUCUGGCGCCGCACUUCGGGGCGGCGGCUCAGGGACCAUUUAAUCUGGAGACAAAUAUGGUUCCCAUUAUCGGCCUGGAUAAUUCAGACGUCACCGGAAAAGAGCAAGAUUCUCUAAAGCUCCCUGCUGGCAUAUUUGUUGCUACUCAACCUGAAAGGCUCGUCCGAGCUAUUGCCGGAAAGAUGGGAAUCGAAGACUACACAUCCAUUAUCAACUGGGAACUGGAGUUGUUCGACGUUCAGCCAGCACAACUUGGUGGAAUCGACAAAGAGUUCAUCUUUGCUGGCCGAAUCGACGACAAAUUAUGUUGCUUCGCUGCUAUCGAAGCACUGCUGGCCUCUUCUGACGACUCGUCUACUGGAAUUGUCAAGAUGGUUGGUUGUUUCGAUGAUGAAGAGAUUGGGAGUUAUCUUCGACAGGGUGCCCGAAGCAACUUCAUGUCCAGCGUGAUCGAGAGAAUAUGCGAAGCUUCGUCGAACUAUUGCGGUCCCAACCUGAUCAAUCAGACUCUGGCAAACUCAUUCCUGGUGUCCUCCGAUGUCAUUCACGCGGUCAACCCGAAUUUCCUCGGAGCCUAUCUGGAAAACCACGCGCCUCGACUGAAUGUGGGUGUUGCGGUGUCAGCGGAUCCAAAUGGGCACAUGACGACCGACAGCGUUUCAACGGCUCUCUUGUCCCGAGUUGCCGAGAAAUGUGGUAGCACUCUUCAAGUAUUCCAGAUACGAAACGACAGUCGAAGUGGUGGAACCAUUGGACCCAUGACAAGCUCACGAUUAGGCUGUCGUGCGAUCGACUGUGGAAUCCCUCAAUUGAGCAUGCAUUCUAUCCGAGCUACCACUGGAUCGCUGGAUCCGGGACUGGGAGUGAAGUUGUACAAGGGUUUCUUCGAUUACUAUGAAGAGGUUGACAAAGAAUUUGAACAAUAG